GUGUGCGUGUCUUUGUGCGUGAGUGGGUGUGGGUGUGUAGAGGAAGAAGUCGUCUCUCAAAGGGGAAAAUCUUUUCAAUUUCCCUUUGGCAGGUGCAGUUCAAGGAGGAACUCAUGAGCAUUCUGUCUGAUCCAUGAACUGAUUAGGAGAGGGGAAGCGAUCAUUCUCCUCUUACCCUUCCUUUCCCAGUUUUGAAAUCAUUCCUUCCCCACCACUGCCGCCCUCCCGUCCUUCCCCUCCUCUUUCCCUUCCCCUUCCCCUCCACUGAAUGAAUGGAAGAGUCUCCACGGUUUUCUCCUGCUUCUCGCCCUGGACUGGAGAAGUGAGGGGGCAUCUCUCUGUCCUCAUCCAUCUCUUUCUCGCUCCGUCCAUUCUCAAGGGGAUUUCAGACCGUGCAAUGUCUUUUCAGCCUCCUGCCGCUGCUACCACUUGAUACUGUGUUAUGCGCAGGGAGAGGGUUUUGCAAAAAUGGAUUUUUUUCUAUUUUGAAGGAUUUCUUCUCUAAUAAGGUUCUGAUUGCACACAAAUAUGACUAAAUCCCCUAUUUGGUAAAUCUUUCUCUACCCCACCCCUCCUCUUUGGGUUCCCUCCCGCCCGCCCCCACCCCUUCAGAGGAGCAAGCACAGGGAGCUGAUGACGGACCCAUUAAUCCCUUCUUCAAUGCAUCAAAAGAAGCCGAAGGGCUGGAAGUCGCUGGGCUCGGAGUCCUGCAGGAAAUGCUUCGAUCUGCUUUUGGUUCUGUAUGAAACUGGUGACUAGGGGCUCGGCUCGCUCCGCCGCCGCCCGCCGGCACCUGGAUGCGCGGGCCGCCGCCGCCGCCGCCGCCUUGCCCGCCGCCGCCGCGAUGCACCGCUCGUGGCGGUGCUGGUGAUCGCUCUGCUGUGAUGGGAUUGAGCCGGCGGUGAUCAUUUGAAGGCUGCGAGGGAGAGCGAGGGAGAGGAAAGGCUGCUCGGCUCUGCUGUGUGUGUGGGCUUUUUUUUUUUUUUCCUUUUUUUUUCUUCUUCUUCUUUUCCUACUUCCAUCCUCUCCCCGCCACUGGAAGUCCUCCCGUAUCUAAAUGGAAUUAGUGGAGACCGAAGCCCCUUGUGUAAGGAACAGACAUGACCCAUGGGCGCAGCUUCUUUCACAUUGUAGCAAGUCUAAUCAUCCUACAUUUGUCUGGGGCAACCAAAAAAGGAACAGAAAAGCAAAGUGUUUCCGAAGGACAGAGACCAGUGCAGUGUGGAACUUGGACAAAAUAUGCAGAAGGAGGCAUCUUCACCUCUCCAAAUUACCCCAACAAAUAUCCUCCAGACAGAGAGUGUGUCUACAUUAUAGAAGCUGCUCCUAGACAAUGCAUUGAACUACACUUUGAUGAAAAAUAUUCCAUAGAGCCUUCUUGGGAGUGUAAAUUUGACCACAUAGAAGUACGAGAUGGACCUUUUGGCUUUUCCCCAAUCCUUGGACGUUUCUGUGGACAGCAAAAUCCACCUAUGAUAAAAUCUAGUGGCAGAUUCCUGUGGAUUAAAUUUUUUGCUGAUGCUGAACUAGAAUCUAUUGGGUUUUCUGCUCGGUAUAAUUUUACACCUGAUCCAGACUUUAAGGACCUUGGCGUUUUGAAGCCAUUGCCAGUUUGUGAGUUUGAGAUGGGAGGACCUGAAGGAAUUGUGGAAUCUGUACAAAUUGUUAAAGAAGGAAAAGCUUCUGAAACUGAAGCAGUAGACUGUAAAUGGUACAUCCGAGCACCACCCCGAUCCAAGAUCUAUUUGAGAUUUUUGGACUACGAGAUGCAGAAUUCCAACGAAUGCAAAAGGAAUUUUGUAGCAGUGUAUGACGGAAGCAGCUCGGUGGAGGAUUUGAAGGCAAAGUUUUGCAGCACAGUUGCCAAUGAUGUGAUGCUGAGGACAGGCCUGGGUGUAAUCCGCAUGUGGGCAGAUGAAGGCAGUCGAAACAGCCGAUUCCAGAUGCUCUUCACAUCUUUCCAAGAACCCCCUUGUGAAGCCAACACAUUCUUUUGCCACAGUAAUAUGUGUAUAAAUAAUACACUGGUCUGCAAUGGACUCCAGAACUGUGUGUAUCCCUGGGAUGAAAACCACUGCAAAGAAAAAAGAAAAGCAAACCUAUUGGACCAACUUACCAAUACCAGUGGGACUAUAAUUGGGGUGACGUCUUGCAUUGUGAUCAUCCUCAUUGUUAUCUCUAUUAUAGUACAGAUCAAGCAGCCUCGUAAAAAAUUUGUCCAAAGGAAAGCAGACUUUGAUCAAACAGUGUUCCAGGAGGUGUUUGAGCCUCCUCAUUAUGAGUUAUGCACCCUUAGAGGGACAGGGACUACAGCUGACCUUGCUGACGUUGCAGAUGACUUUGAAAAUUAUCAUAAACUGCGGAGAUCCUCUUCAAAAUGCAUUCAUGACCAUCACUGUGGAUCACAAGUGUCUAGUCUUAAGGGCAGCCGUAGUAACCUCAGCACAAGAGAUCCUUCUGUCUUGACAGAAAUACAACCCCAGCCUGUAAAACCACUUGUUCAGCCCAUGAACAGGAGAAACAUCCUUGUCAUGAAGCAUAGCUACUCACAAGAUGCUGCUGAUGCGUGCGAGAUAGACGAAAUUGAAGAGGUGCCAACCACAAGUCACAGGCUGUCCAGACAUGAUAAAGCUGUUCAGCGGUUCUGCCUCAUUGGGUCUCUAAGCAAACAUGAGUCUGAGUACAACACAACUAGGGUCUAAGAGAAAAGCCUGAGACUGCUUGAGAAUAGUGCGCUCCUGGGUGAUUUUGAACAUGCUACAGUGAAAUGUGAAACUAUCGUCCUUGGAAACACCAGCUAGAGGUUUUAUGGACUCUGACCAGCUAUUCUCUUAUCAUGAAAAAAUUCAGCAGUGUUGAGUAAAAUUACUAGAAGGCAAUAAGACUUUGGUUAUUAUGCUUAUCAGUCAUUUAUCUUUUUUGUUUUUCUCUCUUCUUUUUGUUGCAAGUAAAAUUCCCAAUUUCAGGAACAAUUUAUUGAAAUCAGGUAUUUAGCCAUUCAUAAUCACUUCAAUAGAAACGUUUGUUGGAUAAGCAUCUAGCAAUAUGACUGAAUUUGACAUUGAGAAAUUAAUCUGCAUGUAUGUUACUGAAUAUUUGAGUUGGCAAAAAUCCCUUUAUUAGAUACAUUGUAAAAAGCAUGCAUUCACAGUUAUUGCUGUUACUGUUCCAUUUCUGUGUCAUAUGCUUGCUACUUGUAACUUUUAUAUAAAAAUACAUAAAAUAAUGUAUAAUAAUUUCGUACCUUGA